UAGUCUCACUCCGGGUGCUGCCCCGGCACCCGCUGCCCCGCACGGCCGGCCGGCUGUAGGCCCGGCACCGCGGCCUGCCCCACCCCGGCCCGGCCCGGCGCGGCGCCGGUUCCCGGCGGGGCCGUUUUCCCCGCGGCACCACCCGCCUGCCGUGCCCGAUCGGCGACGGGAAGGGGAGCGGCGGAGCCAGUGUUACAGGGUCAGUUGUGCCAAUCCUCAGCAUUGGGUUACUACUUGCUUUCCAUUCAUUAGUCAGGUGCUGCAGGAACCCAGUGAAGCAUCCAGCAGUCAUGGUCACUGCUCUCUAGUACAGAUGAAUGCCUUCUACAGUGAAUGAAAUGGCCAUUUCUCUGUGGAAGAACUUACUUCAGACUACAAGGGAAAGGAUACUUCAGCGGAGAAGGGUGUCACUGUAUAAUGGUGCUCAUGGCUAUGAGGAAGAAUUGAUAAAGAAGAAACUCCAGCAGUUUGCUGGUGGAUCCAUCAACCUUUCCAAAGAAGACAAUGGCAUUGGAAUACUUACUUUGAACAACCCAAAGCUAAUGAAUGCCUUUACAGGGACUAUGAUGCUAGAACUCCAGGAGAGGGUAACUGAACUGGAAAACUGGAAGGAUGGGAAAGGCCUUAUCAUCUAUGGUGCAGGAAACACCUUCUGCUCAGGAUCUGAUUUGAAUGCCGUCAAAGCAAUAUCUAACUCCCAGGAUGGGAUGAAUAUGUGCAUGUUUAUGCAAAACACCCUAACCAGACUUAUGAGGUUGCCUUUGAUCAGUGUUGCACUAGUACAAGGAAAAGCUAUUGGAGGAGGAGCAGAGCUUACCACAGCAUGUGAUUUCAGGUUGAUGACACCUGGGAGUGAAAUUCGAUUCGUCCACAAGCACAUGGGUCUGGUGCCCGGCUGGGGAGGAGCUGCCCGGCUGGUGCGGAUCGUGGGCAGCGGGGCUGCCCUCCGGCUGCUGAGCGGGGCUGCCCGGGUGGAUCCCGAGGGAGCUUUGCGCCUUGGGCUCUCGGAGGAGACGCUGUCAUCUUCAGACGGAACCGCAGCGUUAGAAGAAGCCCAAGCCUGGCUGAGUCAGUACACAGAGGGUCCAGCCAGCGUGAUUCGGGCUGUGAAAAAGGUGGUGUCAGCGGGAAGAGAGCUACCAGUGGAAGCUGCCCUAAGGACAGAGAAGGACAUUUUUGGAACUGUAUGGGGUGGGCCUGCUAAUUUGCAGGCAUUGCUUAAAAGACCAAAACAUAAAUGAUGGUCAGAUGCGUAAGAAAUGUUCUUGAUGUUUUUGCAGACAAAGCUUUCACUAAGCAGGCAUUAAACGGAAUCAUCUAAGGACCUGCUCAUUUAAAUGGGCAUUAACAUUCUUGCUCAUGUCAGGCAGACAUAUUUGGUGUGUAACCACAGAGAAAUCCCUGGCACAUUCUUUACUUCCUAAUUACCCACUGAAUGGAGAUUAGUGAAAUUACUAUGUAAAGGUAAAUACUGUGCUGAGAAUAGAACAAUAAUUCUUUUGGAAUGAGGCUGAAGAUUAUUUUCUUCGGCGUUAAUUUUGUUUUUCUAACUGGUAAGGAAAUGAAUUGCUUGAAAUAUAUGAGAUUUAUUUGCGAAACAGGUGCAUCUAAAGCUGCAAAAUCCGAGUUCCCCCACAUAAGACCAGUGUCUUUAAGCAGCUUGGAAGGGAUGAUAAAUGGUGAGAUGACUGGUUUUAUUUCUUCAUCUUGUCAGUUCUUUGUGUAAUUGCUGAGUGUAUCCAAUGAUACUUCAAUUUUAAUGGUGAUUUUUACAGGACAAUUUCUACUUUACUGAGAAGCUUGCAGCCCUCGUUCACUGACACUGAUUAAGGUCCUCAAAUGUAUUUAGGUAUCUUCUCACUGCUCAAGGAACCAACAACCUACAUAUGCAUCCACACAUUCCCAUAGCCUGGACCUAUGCUGCUGAGCAUGUGCAAAGCUGCUGACCUGAUUCUUUACAUAGAGUCUUGGAUUACGUGAAAUCUUGGAAGGCUGUGAUGUAUCGUGCCCCAAAAUGGGAUGUCCUUGACCAACUGGGUGCUCUGAGUGCUUCAGCAUUCUGGAAGGAUUUGUGUGUGGAUCUGUCUUACUUCAGAGUAUUUUUACUGGUAGGGCAUAUUUGGGCAAACCAGAAGAUUUGGAACUCGGUCUGCACUUCAUGCUGGUGACUGUGCAAGUAAUUAGACAACUCGGUGGGAAGGGCUUUCCCUUUAGAAAUGAGGAACUGACACUGCAUCCCUGCUUCGGCAGAUUAUUCUUAAAAUGAAAUAUCUGUGAGAGCAAGAACAUGCAGACAUAUCCAUGACUGGGAGUUUCCUAUACUGGUAGUUAGGAUGCACUUGUCUCUACAUGCAGCAAGGGGCUGAGAUCUGAGCCCAGGACCGAAUAACUCUAGGGGAGCAUAUUAAGGAGGAAGCUUUGGGCUAUGUGCCACUGACAUGCAUUCUCACUCUGACCAAGCGUAAGAUAUGUGGAACAAAAUCCCUUAGGAAAAGGAGGCAGUUCUUGGAUGGAAAUACAUGUUAUGGUUUCUACAGUGUGGCAAGAUUCCAGAGUUUUAGACAGUGAGGUAACUGUACACACCUGUGAGGAUCUUGGGACAGAUCAAUGAUGGGAAUUAGACCUGAAUUGCCUGUUAAAAUUCUGCAGCUUUCAAGCAGAUGCUGUGCUCUGCUGGAGAUGUUUUACUAUAUGGCUUUCGCAGCAGGGAGCAUGUAUAGCCUGAAGCAACCAAUAGAAAUGCUGAAGAAAGAGGUGUGUUCUGAGCUGGCACCUCAGGCAGGAAUAGGGGGUUACUCUGCCCUGUUGGUCCUGCGUGUUUGCCUACACAGCUGAAGCUGCUGCUGGAGGAAGAUUUCAAAUCUCUGUUCCCCAAAAAUAUAACUCAAGUUUUUACUUCCAGGUUAGAGAAGAGUCAGGAACAGGAACACGAGGAGAGAGUAGCGCUCCGGUUUGUGCCUCUUUCCUCCUGCCCAGCCCCUUUUUUUCCAGUAGCUCAGUUAGUCCCCUGUGCAGCUGAAUUCUGUCCCAUGCUCUAAAGGACUUCAAAACCCACUACUUCUGAAGUACAGAUGUUUUAAUAUAGCCAGGCAGAAUUUGACCAUUUCCUAAUGAAGUUGUUCUGCUUUUCAUGAAGUUCCCCAAGACUUAUGAGGGAUUCCAGACUGCCAGCAUCACUGAACCUACAAAGCACACUCCAGUCCACAUUCAUCAAACUUUUUGAAACAACAGCACAUCAUGUUGUUGUGAGUCAAAAAAGUUGUGCUUUAAAGGGCAACUGGUUAUGUCUUUGCUAGUAACGAGAAUAAACUUGCCAUUACUAACACUGUGGUUAUGUUUUUAAAAUGGGUGUGAAAAUUGCUUAGAACCUGAGCAAGACCCAUAAAUGAUUUUAUUUAUUUAUUUUUAUUUUUCAGGUGACAGGCUGUAAGACUCAGUGUAUUCUGUGCGCUGGGUGGUAUAUAUUUAAAAGGGAGGAGCUUGUAGCAGGGAAGCAGAAUCUGUUUUACUUGCAUGUUUUGAACUAGACCUGUGCUGCCAGUAAGUGAAACUCUGCAUGUACACAUAUUGGGGACCUCUUUCCAUUUUCACUUGUAGACAAUGAGCUUGCUUCUCCUUUCAGCAAGUGCAUUCCCCAGGCAUCCUCAUCAGUUUGUAUCAAAGGCCAACAUUUGCUUCUAAGAAUAGGACAAAUUAACUCCCACUGAGUAAGGCACUUUUGGAAAAGUUUCAGAAAAGGUUACAGAAACUAAUUUUGUUGGAAUCACAAAUAUACCACACAUAGCUACAGGAGAUUCUGAAGAUAAUUAUAGGUGUUUGUUUUGAUCAAGGAUUUUGUGAGCAGCCUAACACCAUAUUCUCUGGUUUCUUUUCUGUUCAAAAAGUACAGCCCUUUGUAUGAAAACAAGCCUAACUAAAUUACCAUUAGCGCUAGGACAAGAGAUCCAGACUGAGUGAGAUGAAAUGGAAUCCCAUUUUACCAAUUUAAAACCUGAAUGCUUUAUUUCAUAGAAUACUUGCUUAUCAUCUUAAAGCAACAAACACCUGUAACCAGCAGCUGAUAAGCAUUUAUAUUUUCUUUGCAAUUGUUAAAAACUGUAAGCUUUAUCUCAGCUUUUGUGCCCUUUCAGAAAUGACCUAAAAACAAGCAAGCACUAAAUGCACAAAAUAAAUUAGAAACCUCAAAACUGA